ACGACACAUCAACAGUAAACACUCUCUCACAUAGAAACUAUAGAAAAGGAUAGACCAUGGUAUACAGAACUCACGAAGGAAAGCUGGGUAUCGUCACCGGCGGCUCUCGAGGAAUCGGAGAAGCAGUCGUCAGACGCUUAGCAGCCAAAGGCUGCAACAUUCUAAUCGUCUACACCUCAAACUUAUCCAAAGCACUCACAGACAAAAUCACCUCUGAGCUUUCGACAACCCACAAAAUCCACAUUUCCAGUGUACAAGCAGACCUCACUGAUCCCGUCAACGCUAUACCAAAGAUCGUCGAUGCCGCAAAGGUAUUCUACAAAUCAUACUCACCAAGUCCUGCUGCUAGUAACGGCAAAGAACUACAAGUUGAUAUCCUAAUCAACAAUGCCGGUGUGGGAUCCAAUCAAUUCCUCAACGAUGCUACAAAGGGUCCCAUAGACAUCACGGAGUAUAAUCGGGUGUACAAUGUCAAUGUUCUGGCACCACUAUUACUUACUCAAGCUCUCGCCCCGUUUCUGCCUACGGAUCGAUCAGGAAGGAUUGUGAAUGUGUCUAGUGUUUCUUCCUCAAUUGGAUACGAGGGUCAAUCCGUGUAUGCUGGCACGAAAGCGGCCUUGGAAGCAAUGACGCGCUGCUGGAGUCGAGAGUUGUACGACAGGGCUACUGUCAACGCCGUUAAUCCGGGCCCUGCGUGGGGUGACAUGUAUGCGCAGGCUGGUGAGAAGUUUUGGAAAAUCAAUCAGCCCUAUGUUGAUGCCGCGCCCCUGGCGGCUUAUAAUGGGGAAGAGGCAGUGUUGAAGGCUGCGGGAGAUGAUGCGGAGAGAUUUGAUAAGACGGUUAGAGAAGGUAUGGGAGGGAGAAGACCGGGUUUUACGAGUGAGAUCGCGGGGACGAUUGUUAUGUUGUGUACUGAGGAAAGUGGAUGGACAACUGGUAGUGUCGUUUGUGCGAAUGGGGGUAUGAAGAUGUCUAUUGCAUAGGCCUUUGCGGCGAAACUAACUGUACAGUAUUCUGUCAUGUGCAUACUCAAUCUCAUAGAUAGUUCAUACAUGGAUCUGACAGUUAUAGAGAC